AUGACGCUGGCUCAAGAUGAGAGCCCAGUGCAAGCAUGCAUCCCGCGUCCAACAACGACCACACCGGCAUCUCCUCCACCGACGUCUCUCCCGCGAAACUUUGGCAUGAUCAUCUCUCGCGCUUUUGAGAUGCUAGACGUCUUCGGACCCCUGGACGCCCUCGGCAUGCUCGCGAGAAUCCACCAGCUCAACCUCUACCUCAUCGCCGAGACGAUGGAUCCGGUGACAGUCGAGCCGGUGUCUGCCGCCAUGAACUCCAAAAACUCGAGUUUCGUAAGUCUUGCUGUCCUUCUUGGCUGGAAAUCAUUCACCCCGCUCAAACGGAACCUCGCCCUCCGAGACCCAAACUCGACUUGGCGGAAUCGUAAGACGUUGCUUGCUUACCACCUCAAAAACACACAGUUCCCCAAAAUCCUCCCGACGCACACCUUCGCCACCGCCCCGACCGACAUCGAGGUGCUCAUGAUCCCAGGCGGCCUCUGGACGCGCUCGCCCAACCUCAACUCCACCAUCGCCUACGUGCGCGCCACGUACCCGAAGCUGCGGUACCUCGUCAGCAUCUGCACUGGCGCCUCGAUCGCCGCACGCGCGGGGGUACUCGACGGGCGCCGGGCGACGACGAACAAGGCCUCGUGGGCGAGCACGAUCGCGUACGGCCCGAACGUCACCUGGGUCCCGAAGGCGCGGUGGGUUGUGGAUGGGAACGUGUGGACGUCGUCGGGGAUCAGCGCGGGGGUCGAUGCGACGCUGGCGUUCAUCCAGGACGUGUAUGGGCGGGAGAAUGCGACGUAUAUUGCGGAUUUGAUGGAGUAUGAGUGGCAUGAGGAUUCGGCGUGGGAUCCGUAUGCGGAGAAGUUUAAUGUUACGGGGAGUUGA